AUGGUAGUCAGGUCCGAGACCGCGAGAAAUGGGCACGAGCUGGCUCCCUUGAACGAUGACCGCCAAACCGGCCAGAGCGUAACGAUCGUGACAGGAAAUCAGAAUGUCGUUAACACCCAGCCAGAGGCGAAGGAGGAGAACAGGGCGGCAUGGAGCGGCAAAAUGCAAUUCUUUCUCAGUAUUAUCGGAUACAGCGUGGGUCUGGGAAAUAUCUGGAGGUUUCCUUACCUGUGCCAACAGAACGGAGGUGGUGCCUUCCUCAUCCCUUUCUUCGUGAUGCUCAUUCUGGAGGGUGUACCCCUCUUUCUGAUCGAGCUAGGCCUCGGACAACGUAUGCGACAGGGUGCCCUGGGCGUUUGGAACACCAUACACCCUUGGUUGGGCGGCAUCGGAAUUGCAUCGUGUAUAGUCACUUUUUUCGUUGCGCUUUACUACAACGUCAUUAUUACCUGGUGCUUCUACUACCUCUUCAACUCGUUAAGGACUGUUACCAUCAAUUUCGGUCAAUCACUGCCGUGGAAAGAAUGCCCGAAAGUGGACAACAAGCCAAUUGAGGAAUGCGCCAAAAGUUCAGAGACCGCGUAUUUUUGGUACAGGACCACUUUGGACGCGGCGCCAUCGAUCGAUGACGGCCAGGGUCUCAAAUGGUGGAUAGUACUUUGCCUCUUGCUCAGCUGGAUUGUCGUAUUCUUCAUUGUUAUGAAGGGGAUACAAUCGUCCGGCAAAGUGGUAUAUUUUACGUCCAUGUUUCCGUAUGUCGUGCUGACCAUCUUCUUUGUCCGCGGGAUAACGUUAAAAGGCGCGAGCGCAGGAUUGGCACACAUGUACACACCAAAGGUCGAGAAACUGUUGGAGCCUAUGGUCUGGCUAGACGCGGCAACUCAGGUCUUCUAUAGUUUCGGGCUGGCGUUCGGUUCUCUGAUUGCGUUCGGCAGCUACAAUACACCCGACAACAACUGCAUGAGGGACGUGAUCCUGGUGAGCGUGUGCAACGCGUUUACUGCCAUUUACGCGAGCGUUGUCAUUUUCGCCAUUUUGGGGUUCAAGGCAAUGACAAACGUGGACAAGUGCGUCGACAGCGCGAAGGAAGUCCUGAUAGAUAAUGGAAUCUUGCCUAAUUCAACCUCGUUCAAACUCGAGGACUACGACCUCUUUAUGAGCACUUUCAACUCUUCAGCCAUGAACGUCACGAUGAAGACAUGCAGUCUCAGCAAAGAGUUGGACAACGCCGCCGAGGGUACUGGACUGGCUUUCAUCGUGUUUACUCAGGCCAUCGUUGAAUUGCCAGGCGCGCCAUUCUGGUCCUGUAUCUUUUUCAUGAUGCUUCUCGCUCUUGGCUUGGGUUCUCAAAUCGGAAUACUCGAAGGCAUGCUGUGCGUGAUCUUCGAUAUAGAUUUGUUUAAAAGAAUAAAGAAACAGUAUAUGACAGGAGUCGUCUGUACGAUAUGUUUCUUCGUGGGACUCAUCUUCUGUACCGGUGCGGGCGAAUACUGGCUGAAGAUGUUCGAUAGUUUCGCCGGCACCAUCGGUCUCGUUAUGGUAGCCCUCAUGGAAAUGAUCUCUGUAGUUUUCGUGUACGGUCAUGAAAAAUUCACGAAAGAUAUCGAAGAGAUGACAGGACACAGACCAGGAAUUUACUGGCAAGUCACGUGGCGAUUUCUCGCUCCCAUUAUAAUGGUGUGCAUACUGGUAUCUAGUGUCGCCUCCAUGUUCAUCAAGAAGCCGCAAUAUUCGGCGUGGGACGCGUCGUCGGGCAUGGCAAUACCUACGAGUUACCCCGGCUGGGUGUUGGGCAUCGCUGCUGUCAUCAUUUUCGCGGGUAUCGCACCGAUCCCGAUAGUUUUCCUCUUACGACGAUUCCAAUGUGUGAAACUCGACGUUGACAUUCAUCAAGGCAGUAUUCGACGUAUUGAUACUACGGUAUCCACCAAGGAGAUGAUGGGCGACGUUGACCUUGAUGAAUAUCAUGAUCGUCUAGAGGACUUUCCGGAGGAAGACGAAGAUGUCAACAGCGACGACGAUAACAAUGCCGCGCCGCCUAUGAGCAAAAUCGCCAACAAGGAAAUGCAGGGUAAAGCCUUUAAGAUGGAGGUGAUGAAUUUUUAAAGAGCGCAUAAUCGCCGUGACUUCUUCCGUUCGUUUGCCAGUUGUACUCUAACGUAUAGGUGUACGAAGCUGGAUAUCGACAGUGAUUAUACAUAUAUAAGGACCGAACAAUGUGUAUUGAAGUCUGUCGAUUGUUGAGUGUUAAGCUUGAUACUAUAUGAAGAGUUAUGUAACAACUAUGCAACAUCAGUUAUUAAUUUGCAAACAUUUACGGAAAAUUAUAUUUUAAUAGUUACAAUAUAUCAGGGAUACUUGUAACAUUAUAGACAUUGCGUGUACGACGUCUUUAAUUUUGAUCAAAGGAAUCAUUUAUUACUAGGGAAGAACCUGCUCAGAUAGAUUUUCGAUGAAAGUUCACUCAAGGUUUGGUCUUUAUAUGUCUACAGUCAUUGGUAUUUCGGGGCCGUGCGUCCUUACCACAAACGUCGAAAUAUAGAAUAUGUCGACCGGUCUUUCCGUACGCCUGUUAUUUCAGGAUUAUAGGUAGAUAGUCAAUUAACUGUAGACAACUAAUGCAGAAGUCGCAGAAUCGACAAAACAGUUUUAAUAUGUUAAGUUCCUCACGUAUGAACUCGCAAAGAAUUCGGAAGAAACGAUUUUGCCGCGAAUGGAAGGAUACGUCGUAUAGGGAAUUUCUUACUUUAAUUCGUCACAAUAUUUGGCUGCAACAGUUUUCUAAGUUGGCGAUAAAAGAACACAGAAGCAUUCGAGAUCGCACGUCGAAAAAAUUGCGUUUUAUUUCACGACGCUUCUACGCGCUGGCCCAUUCGCGAGUUCGGUUCUUCAAGGCAUCAACGCGUCCGAAAUUUGCGGGCAUUGACGCUAGUUGGCACUAGUUGACGAGAAAGACUCGCGCACUGCACGCCUAUGAAUAGGAUCACGACCACGUGGUCGAGUGGCCGCGUGAUCAACGGUCAGCUGACGACGAGUUGGUGGGGGCAAGGCCGCAUUCCAGCCGUAUUACGUAAACAAGUUAUGCUGUCGGAAUGUGGACUCUGUUCCUACCCACGCGUGACGGAAUUCAGUAUGUCCUGAUGAGAGAAGACGAGAGGUUCAGUAGCACCGAACAGAGCUGAAUGGUGUCGAGAAGGGAUCAAGAGAGUAUGCUUCAAUAUGAUUGUCGAUAUCUUCGCUUUUGAGAAACUAAUGAUUUGAAAUAUAAACUAUUAGUCGAGACUUUCGUGGAAUGUACUGUUUGAAUGCUUUGGUUCAUAUACUGAGCUCUUUUUUAUCGCUAAAAGCGUCUCUAAAAGUGACUUAUAACCAAUCAAUGGACUUAUAAGCCAUAUUUAGAGGCGCUUUUAGCGAUAAAAGAGAGCAGAAUAUGGACCAAUAUUUGCAUCAAAGUCUCUUUGAUUUUAGUAAUUAAAAAAUUAUUGAAGUUUCGAACUUUAGUAUCAGCCACUUUUCAGUAUAUGUAAUGGAACGAAGAGCUCUCUCACGGAGAUGUGUUUGUGUGUGUGUGAAACGUUGAAUAAAUUAAUUUACGGACUCAUUGAAAUUAUAAGACUGUAUUUUGUUAAAACUGUUUUGUCCGUUUCCGCGGAUUUUAUUAACCAAUAUAGCGUUUACGUGUAAUCCUGAAAUAAUCUGUAUACACGAGUCUUCGCGUUUUAGAUGUAGGGUAAGUCGUGAAUUCGCUAAAAAUCGAGCUCAAUCCGUCAGAUCGAAUGCGCGUCACCCUGAAAGCAAUAUGUAAUACGGAGUUUUAAAGACAUAGUGCGAAUACGAGGUCAGUCGUGUCGACAGCUCGUUAUUCGUGCUUUAUCGUCGAAUGUCGCGCUUCCGGAUAGAAUCGCGAAUCACCAGGUGGAUUAUGAUAGGUACACAUAGCGGAGAAAAAUAAACAAAGUAAGAGAAAGAAAAACUUAGCAAAGAGAAUAGGACGUUCUGGCUUUUUAGUAUCGCGUGAUGCAAUACACGAUCGGACGUGCGAACGUUGAUUUCGUCCGAAUCAAUUGGAUUUUCGUUGAAAAUUGAUCGUGAUUUUUACUUUCGGAUCGAUAGUUUUUAAGAAACGUUGAAGAGACUAGACAAUAAAAUCGAAUGUAGUCGAGUUAGCCAUACGCGUAGCUGAUUUGUUUACCGUUCUCUCAACACGGCCCCGAUCAGAAGCAGGAGAGACCGGAGCGAGAUGUUAUAUUUUUUUAGAAUUUCGCUGUUAAAAUUUUUCAGAUAACUAAUUAUCAUGAUUGGAAUGUGAGUUGCAUCAUGGUUAAUAUGUCCUGCUGCCAGGACAAGUUAACCCUUUCGUGCCUCUGGGACAUAUAUGUCCCACUUACAAAAAUCAUUAUAACUUUUAAACAAAUAGUCCUAUUGACUUCUACCUUAACUUGUUUUAAAGAUGAAGAUUCAAGGUACACGUACAAACUAUCGCACAUUUUGAAAUGUUUUCAGUAAAAUAUAAUUAUUUAAACAUUGCUAAAAAUCCAACUUUUAGGUAGUAAAAAAUAAUUUUUUAUUAUGUCAAAAAUUCAUUGAAUUAUGCUAAUUAUAUACUUAAAGUCUGACCGCAGUACAUGAUAGCUUUAUCAAUUAGAAAGACUUUGUGUUUUCACCCGUGCAAUUGUAUACUAUGGUGGUCGUUUUUUCGCAACUCUAGCGGACAUAUUUGCAUACUGGCAAUAAUGUACUCAGAAGUUCCUUGUAACAGUUAUGCGAAAUAUAUUAUCUUAACUCGAAAUUUUUACAUUCGAAUUAUAAUUAAUAUUCAGAAAAAAAACAUAAUUCAAACUUUUAUCUUGAAUAUAUCGAUAUUUCAGCAUUUCAUAACCACUAUCUUGAAUUCACUAUUUUGAAUUUCAAUUUUGAUAGUUGAUUUGAAAUCAGCGCUCCCGAAAACCUAUAGAACCGUCUCCAUAUAAAAUGCAUCUCUUCUGAGAAAGCCGGAGGCACGAAAAGGUUAAGCAUGCAGCUGCAGAAAACUUUAUGCUAAUAGAACGUCACUUGAAUUUAUUCACUCACGAUGAAAAACGUUAACGCAAAAUUUCGACUCGGAAAUUUACUGCGUUUUUUAUAAAUCAGACAUUUUUUCUUUUUCAAUUGCAAUAUUUUCUCGAUUUUACUGAAACUCAGGGAAAAAUACUUAUAUUCGAAAAGAAACAUUUUGCGAUUAUUUCCGCUAUUCUUCUAACGUAAAUACAUAAUCAAUACGUAUGACUAAUGUGAUUAUUGGGUUAACUUGAACCGGUCUCCCCUAUAUGAUCUCAAUUCCUCCGAGGUUCUACCUUAUGCAUACCAUUACGGUCCCAAAAUCGAUCGACCUUGGCUCCAAGAGUCCCUGAAAUUUAAUAUAGCUUUCGAGAUACUAGACGAAUUAAUUCUAGCUUCAAUUUGUUAAUUUCAGUUAAGUUAAUUGCGUUGGCACUUGCUCAAUAAGACACUGUUGAAACGCUUUUGAAAGAGAAGAAAAGAUUAAUUCGUAUCUCUGCGUUACACUACAGAUGUAAUUUAUGUUUUAAAAGCCUGGUAGAAAGUAGAAAGGGAUUUGAGAUAUAUAAUAUAAAAGAUUACACUCGGGGACGAUGUGGAAUCUCGGUCGAUCCGUUUGCAUUACUUAUUCGUACGUUCGGUCCUCAGUUCGACAAGCAUUUGCAUAAAAUAAAUGUCGCGUAACUUACAUUUUUAAUCGGUGAUCAAUUAAUCAAACUGCGCUGCAAGAGCGUAAUUAUUCGUGCAGGCUCUAAAAUUAGAUUAGGUUUUUUUUAUAAUUUUUAUUCAAGCACGCGACCGUCAUUACAACCUUGACGGAGUGCCGUUUGUUUUACUACUAGUAUACGUCACAGAAUGAUAUAUUCUUUUUAUUGGUAAAUUAAUUUCGCCAGGAAAAAUGUGAAUUCGAGGCGUCACGCGGUGCCAUUAAAUGAACGUGACAUCUUGACGAAAAAACGCAUACCGGUGUGCGAAAUAAAUUUAUUCAGUGGAUAUCAACUAAUAGUUAAAUUACAACAGUGUUAUAAUUUCCUACUCUUUAACGUAUAACUGUUACAUAACACUCGCAUUAUAUUUACAUAUUGUCAAGUGGAAAGUUAUAACACUGAUGUUAUCUGACACAGCAUAAAUGUCGAAAAGAUAUCUUAGAGACGUCUGAAAUAUAUUAUACUUGUUAUGAUUGUCUUUGGAAUAUCUGUAAGAUGUAUUUUAGACAUUUGUGUUGUUUGGGAUGUUACCUAUAGUUGCUAUUUACCGGGUAUAGAGUGUAUUCGGCAUCGUUUUACACGACGGGCGUACAACAAAUGGAGUAAGCGUGAAUCUCUGUGUAAUAAACGCAAGUAAAUUACGCAAGUAUAUAUAUACAUAUAUAUGUAUAUAUAUAUGUAUAUAUAUAUAUAUAUAUAUAUAUAUAUAUAUAUAUAUAUAUUAUAUAUAAGUGUAGCAUGUCUCAGGUAAGCGCGGAUGAAAUUUCAAGUCUCUUCACAGCUGUCAGGAAACAGUCUUUCGAGCAUAGUCUCUGAUAUUUUUAGACGUGUGUGUAAGAGAAAUCCGUAAAUAGAUAUCUAAUCCAUAAAUAGAUAUCUUAUUACUUUCUCGUCGUGUUAUUGCUUGUGACGGUGCAUCGAACAGUAAUUCCUGUUUCUUGAAACGUUCCGAUCAGAUCAGGCGAUUUGUGCAACAACGACAAAUCACAUCGUGUGCACGAUCAAAAUUUGCACGUUGUGUCCGAGAGCAGCUCCUCUUUCGCGUUCUCCUCACGAACGCGCGAAAAGAGAGGCAAGAAGGCCAUUACGGAUUAUAGGUUUCCCUUUCGCGAAGUAACUCCUCGAAGUGUUGAGCGCAAGUAUACCGUUGUUUGGCUGGCCCAGCUAAUUUAGGUAUCAAAAUACCUAAAUUUCGCGUUAGAAUGAUCAACGAGCGACGUACGUCGGACGUCGGUCGGUAGUACGUCGGGUUCCAUCUGCUAAGUUCUCGUCCGUAAGAAAAUGUGAUACCGGUGUAUGCCGGUCGAAUAAUAACCGUGAUGUCAAUAAUAGGGAAGAGUGCGAAACUCUGGGAAUCGCGUUCGCCGCGCGCGGCCUCUCCGCGAGGUAUUUCGCGCGAAUGCGUUAUACGAUCCAGCCCGGAAACGUCCCACCACUGAUCAUUUUGUCUUAUUUACAUUGUACAUAUUUCAAACUGAGAUUUGUUAAUUGCGCGAACCUGCGAGAACAUGUACGACAGUGCCACGAUUAAUUCGCGAACGACCGCAGAUGAUUAUUUAAUCGGUGAUGAUCGGUGCACAAGUUGACAAAUAUGUUUUCUCCGAUAUGAAUAUUUGCGUGAAUGUUCGUUUUUGACGAUGAGAAUAGAAAGGGCUAUGCAUUUUGCAUGAGAAACCUGCAGCAAAUUGUUCCUUUUCAUUCGCCGCUUCGUCGCCCUUCGUAUGUUGCGUUUGAAUGUCCGCGAAUUAAUGGUCGGCACUGCGAAAGCGAGUGAGACAAGUACGUUCAGAUUGUAAGGAAGGAAGGAAAGCGAUGUAAGAUGUAAAAUAAGAAAUUCGAUGAGGCGUAACGCGUGUGCCAUGUGUAAAUAGUAAAUAGGCGUUAUGCCAUACCGCAUCUAAAUUAUUAUAAUACCUCGUGAAGUACCUAUUUUUUUGAAUCGCGUAGGAUAGUGACAACAUCGUACCUUACUUAUUUUCUUCCCUUUCUAUGUCAUAUAAAGGGCGCAUCUUCUUUCUUCUUGUGCAUAAGGGACACAAACUUAGACUGCGCUCCGAUAUUCGCUACAUCGAAGAAAAAAUUGAGUUGGAUUAACCAAAUGUCUGUGGUGGGACAUGAACGAACCGGAAUUUUGACUGAAAUUACCAGAAUUCUGUGUUCAAAUUAACAAGAUUUUGUUUAAUAUCUGAUCAACAUAAUCUUAUUAAUUACUUGCAAUUGCUCGACUUGAAUAGUUGCAAUUUCUGCUUAACUGGAAAUUUUGUUACUUGAACAAGAAUUCUGACAACUUUAACUGGAAUUUCUAUUUCGUUCAUAUCUCACCAGAUAUUUAUGUAAUCCAACAAAGUUUGUUUUUCCAUGUGUGCCAAUACUGAAAAUCUAUAGUAUACGUAACAUGAAUUAUAUUUAGAUUUUCAGUACUGGCAGCGAAUAUCGGAACGAAGCCUCACAGGCUAGUCGUUUAAGCGCGAAGGCACGAGUGGACAACGCGCGUGCUGUAUUUUUCCUUUUCACGUGAGUUGUAUGAUAAGAGAAUAAUCGUUCAUCGUCCUCAUGCCGAAUUACGAUAUAACGUCGACUUGUGAUGUGAGACGCGCGAUGUAGCAAAACCGGAUUCUCCUCCUCAGAAACGUUCCUUUUAACGAUUAAUCAUCUUCAUCUACCGUCCGUGGUCAUAUGGCAUCACUGAGAAGCUGCGAGAGGCUCAUCAUUUCUGUAUAUUAUUUAUCGCUUUUACGUCUCAACUGACAUUUUUGCACGGAAGGCGUAACCCAUGAGAGAGUGUUUAUUAUUUUAGGACAAUCAAACCUUACUUUCUUCUGACUUAUCCGCGCGCGUUACUCUUUUAUCUUUAUCGAAAUGCGAUUCAUCAUCGAAAGUGUGCAUGACUUUAUCGUGACCAUGCGAGUAUUAUUGCGAGGUAAAGAUAUGCAGAAGGAAAAGUCGCUUACACGUAACGAAGGAACACAAGGGAUAUUAUCCGAGGCUCAAAAUACAGCUUUGAAUCAAAAGGGAUCGAUGUGGCGCACGUUAAGGAGCAUUCGCGAUCGUCGUCCGACCCUCCCUCUUUCGAACUAUACGUACAUUUGUAAAUCCCACGGAACCGUCUUCAACGAUUUAAAGAUUAAAGAUUUAAAUACAACGUUGUUUGGCCUAUCUUCUUAUCGAGAAUAAACAAGAAAACUGAAAAAGUAUUAAAUGGCACCGAUAAACCAAAGGUUAAACGCUUAUUCUACUCGUUUCUGUAUUAGAUAGAUCUCGAGUUUCGCUUAUAAACGUUUGUGUGUCCGAUGCGCUCGGUAAUUCCUCGAAGUGAUAUGUACAUAUAGUUAACGUAACUGUCAUAAUUAAUGUUGAAUAGUUCUGUCCUAGGCUGCUAAGAUUCGGUUCCGCGCAGUCCCCUCAUCGAGAGAAAGAGGUUCUCGUGCGGGAGAAUUCCUUGAGUUCUGCGUUGAAGUACGAAGAGGAAAACGAGUAUUAUUAUAUACCUGCGUUUUUCGUUAGGACUAGGUUUACACGAAUGCGUAAUUGUAAUUACUUUUAGUGUCCGAGGAGAUCGAUUUUCCAUAGUAAGCGAGAGUACUUCCGAUUGUAUUUUAUUGCUCGACACACUACAUACGUUUUUGAUAGCGCGAAUGCUCAAUCCGUUAAUGUAACUUAUUCUUGAACUUGAGCAUUAUCGCAGUAAUUUUUAGCGACUGAAAUUUAGAUAUUUAAUAGAGCACACACUGUACACAAAAUUCAAAGCGUUUAAAUAAAAGCUUAUUUAUUGCCGAAAA